GACGAGUCAGGCAGAGGUCUCGGGAGCACAGGAGCAGGAGCUUGAGCUUGAGCUGGUUUCCUGUCCUUCGUUCGUCCACAUUUGCAUCUCGCCUCCGACGAUCGUCUCAGGGAAGUCAGUUUUCAGAUUGUUUGUUCGAUCGUGCACAACUCCCGAACUCAGGGUUUAGGCUUGUGACGAGAGAUGGCGAGGUAUGAUCGAGCAAUUACGGUUUUUUCUCCUGACGGACAUCUCUUUCAAGUGGAGUACGCCCUCGAGGCCGUGCGCAAGGGUAAUGCUGCUGUAGGCGUCAGGGGGACCGAUACCAUCGUUCUCGGAGUUGAGAAAAAAUCGACAGCCAAGCUUGAAGAUGCUAGAACCGUGAGAAAAAUUCUCAAAGUGGAUGAUCACAUCUCACUAGCCUUUGCAGGACUCACUGCCGAUGCUCGAGUUUUGGUGAAUAGAGCUCGUGUCGAGUGCCAGAGUCAUAGACUUACCGUGGAAGAUCCAGUUACUGUAGAGUACAUCACUCGCUUCAUCGCAGGGUUGCAACAAAAGUACACACAAAGUGGUGGAGUAAGACCGUUUGGAAUAUCAACCCUCAUUGUAGGAUUUGAUCCGUACACUGGCGUGCCUUCUCUAUAUCAAACGGAUCCCUCCGGAACUUUCAAAGCAUGGAAAGCGAAUGCAACAGGGCGUAACUCGAAGUCUGUUCGUGAAUUUUUGGAGAAGAAUUAUACAGAAACCUCGGGGAAAGAGACCGUGAAGCUUGCCGUCCGUGCUCUUCUUGAAGUGGUGGAGAGCGGAGGUAAGAAUAUAGAAAUUGCCGUUAUGACAAAGAACGAAGGUCUACGGCUAUUGGAAGAAUCUGAAGUGGAAGAAAUUGUUGCUGGGAUAGAAACUGAGAAAGCAGCCGCAGAAGCGGCAAAGAAGGGUCCACCAAGAGAUUGAUAGGUCUCGUUAGCUGCCCCUUGCAUGUAGAAUUGCCCCGUUUGAUUUUGCUAGGAACAGAUGGGGUGCAGCUAAUAAAUCAAGCGGGCAGGUCAUAUGUUCUGUCUGGUUGUACAUUAUGAUCUCCAGAUGUUUGAGUCUGCCCCUGCAUAUUUCAAGUUGAAUCCUCCAUCGUACUUUCCGCCAUUCAUGGGUUUUACAUCAAGCCUCUCCUAUCACGCAAUAUUUUGUACAUGAAGCUUGAUCCAAUAGCUGCUGAUAGUCGUGAGACAGGACAUGUUUUUAAUGAGGUGUAAACAGGCGCUUUUAAAAAACUCGGUGCCUGAAGCUUACGAGACAAGUCAAGACUAUCAACUGGAAUAUUUUUAUCAAGAAUAUGAGCUGCAAAUUGAGUCAUGAGGUGGGAUGUAAUUGUAUGGAACAUUUAGGGUUUAGGAACGUUCUGGAGCGUUGUCCAUGACAGACGAUCUCUACUGUUCAAAGGUAUCUUGUGCAAUUAGCCGGGGAUAGCCUUGCAGCUUAGCAGCAGUAAGCGUCAAACAAGUUCGCUUUGUGAUUAGAUCCUUUACCUCUGCGGUGUUGCCGAAACCAAUUUCUUUCUACAUUCUGUCAAUGUCGCUUUUGUCUUUUUGCUCUUGCCUGAGUGUGGAACUUCUCUUGUGGUAGUUAUCUUAGUGACAUUCAUUCUGUCAGCAUUGUACUUUCCUUCUUUGCGCCAACUCAUCCGUGCCACCUAUGCAGCCUAAAUGACACAUAAUUCAAAAUCACAAAGUAAGAACUGUUCUUAUCGACGUGCAUUUAUUUUUUCUCUGGCUAGUGAUUCGAAACUGCAAAAAGUAAGAAGGCUGUUGAGAUCUCCCCUUUGCCAUAGAUUGUCCUUAUUUCCCUUGUUUAUGUACGUUUUGUACUCAGUACCUGAGCCGAGCUCAAGGCGUUGUUUAGUGGCAUUGAUGUAAGACUUGCCAUGGACAAGACAUUCACA